AUGGUUGAUAGGGAUCGAAUUCUCAAGCGAGUAUUAGCAGCGCCCUCGGGCCAGUCAUCUCGCACACCAUUCUCCGAGAAGAGACCCGGAACAGUCUCGGACAUGGAGCCCGCCUCCACAAGGCGCUCAGCACACGAGUCACCGAGUCUCCCAAUGUUUGAAGCAAUGCCAUCUGGACACAAGUUGAGUUCCGACAAAUUUGAAUCAGCCGCCCCUACACAGCAACAACUAUACCGUCCCGUUCAGUUCUACGACUGGAAAGUUAUUCUAUGUAACUUCCUUACCAUUGAGCCCACCACAUCUGAUGAAGACCUAUUCGAUGAGAUGAAACAAGCUUUUAGCAUUUUGGAGGAAGCUGGAAUGUUGGUACAAGAAGCUUUGCAGAAACAGGGACCUCCUCGCGGCGAAAUCAUGACAUACUUGCAAAAGCAAAUAGAAAAGCGCAAAGCGGCCGCGGCAAGACAGCUGCAGCUGCCGCAACAAGCAUUGCAGCGGCAACAGCUUGACCAACCAAGCUUGCCUCCCAAUGUCCCGGACGCCAUAAAUCAACUUGAAUUGAUUCAAGUCACCCCAAACGACAUCUCCAACGCUCGUAAAGCGAACCCACUAAUUGCGAGCCUGUCAGACGAUCAAUUAAGAGCGUUUAUCAUUCAGGUCAAGCAAUGGGAGAUGACUGCUGCUCUGCAGAAGGAAACAGCCUUGCGCCAAGCUCAAGCCCAGAUGACCAAAGGACCCGGCGCCCCUUCAUUCACUACAGCCAUGCACACAGCCCCGAAGGCUGCUGGCCUCGCCCCCUCGCCAAAGCACAGCGAUCAGCCGCGACCUCAGAAGCGGAGCCGGGAGCAGCAGCAGGAUAGAAGUGCUAGCUGGUCAACUAUCUCACGGGACUGCACAAGGGGUUCUUCUGCACAAGAGACUGAUCUUCUACAAUACUAUGCCCAGCGCUUACAAACUGGUCCUAGAUUACCAUAG